CGCGUAGUUACAUGUAAACAACAUGGCGAACUAUCUGUACCUGCAUGUUACAUAGACUGACUUCAAUCUUGAAGUUAAACGUCCACGGAAUAUAUUGUGACAGUUAAAAUUAGUCAUGUCAUCCAGACGUGGUCGUCAAAAAGAGGACCAUGACUCUGACAAGUUACCAGUGUUGGGGGAAGAUGGAUAUGGGAAUGCUGGCGGUUAUUACAACAACAACCAUGUUCAGAACAGACCAGCAGGCUCUCGUGCUUUCCCCUCUGGAAGUAGGCCGGGGUCUGGAAGUCGACGUACACCUACCCCAACUAAACAAAUAGCCCUGCAAGCUGUGAGGAGGAAAGAUGACCAUGUGAAAGAACCAUUCGAUGAUGUUGAUUUGGCAGAAUUAAACUCUACAUUGAAACUUGAAUCAGAAAGGUCUUUUCUGGAGAGAGAGAAUUCAAACACAGAUAUCAGAAAAGGAAAUGGUGCCUCUGGUUUUACUGUCAAAUUACCAAAUGGCUACGGAGCCAGACCGAAGGAUGCUGCAUCCAAACAUUCUGAUGAUUAUGAAUCUGAAAAAAACGAGAGAAAAGAUAAGACAGAAAAAACCAGACUGGUAUCUAAAACACAUCAACAAAAGCCAGACAGCAAGUCCAGUAAAGUAAAGGAAUCCAGUGACGACGAUGAUGAUGACGACGACGACGACGAAGAUGAUCCAGAAAGCUGGCAAGAAGGAGGUGAAAAAUCAGCUCCUAUGCAACUAAUGAUGGAGUUUAUUGGCUGUCUGAUGCAGGGAGACUACCCCAACGCUGCUAAAUUGUGUAAAAUGAUUUUGAUGUAUGAGCCAAACAAUGCAGAAGCCUUGAAGUUUCAGCCAUUGAUAAAUGAGAAAAUUGAACUUGAUGCACAGCCAGAUGAUGACUCUGGGAGUGGUGAAUCAGGGUCGGAGGAUGAGAAUGAUGAAGACGAGGGCAACUCAGAAGAUGAUUCUGAUUCAGAUGACUCGGAUGAUUCGGACGAUAGUGACAACAGCUCUCAGACUGAAGAUGAAAAUGAGGGAGAGAAGAUUGACUCUGGUAUAUCCUCAGGUCUGUCAGGAUCCAACUCUGAGAUGGAAUAGUGAUCUGUGAUAGAAGCCGUCCUACUGCUCAACAGCAUUGAAUGAAUGUGAAUGUGUGGGUUUUUUGUAUGUAUGUAAUAUCUAACUCACAUUUGAUACAUUCCAUAUUUGAUGUUUGGUCUUUUUUCUAGAUUAUAUUUUUUUUCCCUGAAUUUAUGUUAUUUAUUAUUGAUGCAUGAAAUAUUCUCUCUUUUGCUCUAAAGAUGUUGAACUUUGUCAGAGAUGUGUUAACAAUAUUUGAAUAUAAAGAGAAUUUUCACAAAAUGCUUAUAAUGGCAUUUGUUGAAGAGGAAAAGUGAGUGUUGAAAUGCCAUUACUUAUUAUUAUGUUCAAUGUCUAAUAUCAUAAAUGUUUUGAGAGUUGAGUGCAUGACUAUAUUUUUAUAAGCCAAAGGUAUAUGUGAUUUGAUUCUGUUAAUGAAGAAUUGUGAAUGACAUUAACAAAUAGAAACAUCACCUACUGGAGUAAGAGGGGGUUAGGGUGUGUGUGUGUG